GUCAACCGGAACCGACGUAGCUCAAUUCAGCUUAUCUCAAUAUGAAAGCUCAUUUAUUGGAAAUUUUGAUACUCUUAAUUGGAUUCACAUACAUCCAUGCAGGAAACUUCUUGACCGAGAAACCUGAUGUCCUCGAAUCCUGCUCCUUCGAUGGUCCGAAACUCAAGGAAUGUUUAAUUAGUAACCUUCAAGUGAUCUUCAUUAACUGGACUCAUGGGCUGCCAGGUUCAAACAUCAUUGGUCCCGUGGAUCCGUUCACCAUAAAACGAUUGAUUUUAUCUAGAUCAUCUCCGAGUGAUGACAGCAAUCCCGUAAAUGUCGACACAGAUGUGCGAAAUGUUCUUGUCAGCGGUGUUAGCCAGGCAAAAAUCGUGGAUGCAAGUUAUCUUCCAAAGAACAAUAAAACCGAAGUUCUUCUCUGGAUUCCGAAGAUAAACAUUGAUUUCGACUAUAGUGUUAAGGGCAAUGUUGGCGGCCGAAAACUUGAUGAUCAUAGCAAGGGUCAUGUAAAAAUAGAAAAACUGUUGAUCGCUUUUGAUGUUGACAUAGCAUCCCUAGUCACACCCAAAGGUAACUUUAUCGAUGUGCAACAUGUCAGCGUAAGUUUCAGAGAAAUCGGGAAACUGAAAUUCAAAGUGAAUAAAUUAUUUGGAGGCGACAAAUAUCUAGAAAAAUUAACCCAUGAUUUUAUUAAUGAAAACUGGGUUGAAUUCUACAUAAGCUGGAGGCCAAUCAUCGAAUAUGUCAUCGAGACGAUGGUUUUUCUACGCUCAAGAAAAAUAUUUAGUUAUAUACCAGCAGAAUAUCUGAUUGAUAACUAUGCAUUGCUCGAAUCGUUAUAGUAAUAUCUUGAA